AUGAGCGCCUCCUACCCGUCAUGGAAAGAUCGCACGCAGAAUCAGUUUGGAAAGCUUCAAAUCCAAAUUCCAUGGCGCUCAUUCCAGCUGUUGGUACCACAUCGCAUGCGUCGCAAGCUCCGGUCCAAACUCCGUAGCCGUCUCUCACCCACCUCGUCCAUCUCGAGGUUGCAAACCUCCUUCUCGCCUGUCGACACCCUCAAAUCCUUACAGUCACACCGAUGGACAAUGUACGACUUCCAAUACUUGUUGCUCCUCGUCAUCGGCUUUUUCUCCUUGACAAUCAUCCAGUCUCCUGGUCCACUGGGAAAGACGGCGAUUGCCACCGGACUUUUGUGCUCCCUCCUCAUGCCAAUUACCCGGCAGUUCUUCUUGCCUUUCCUCCCCGUUGCUGGGUGGCUUAUCUUUUUCUAUGGAUGCCAAUUCGUUCCAAGCGAUUGGCGGCCAGCCAUUUGGGUCCGAGUGUUACCAGCCAUGGAAAAUAUUCUCUACGGUGCCAACAUCAGCAACAUUCUAUCCGCCCACCAAAAUGUGGUGCUUGACAUUCUGGCAUGGAUUCCUUACGGGCUCUGCCACUACGGAGCGCCAUUUGUCGUUUCGCUGAUCCUUUUCUUCUUCGGACCUCCGGGAACGACCCCUCUGUACGCCCGGACUCUUGGAUACAUCAGUAUGACCGCGGUCUUCGUUCAGCUGGCUUUCCCCUGCUCGCCACCCUGGUACGAAAAUCUGUAUGGUUUGGCUCCAGCCGACUACUCGAUGCAGGGAAACCCAGCUGGUCUUGCUCGCAUUGACAAGCUGUUGGGAAUUGAUCUCUACACCUCGGGCUUCAAGCAGUCCCCUGUUGUUUUCGGUGCAUUCCCUUCGCUCCAUGCUGCCGAUUCCACCCUAGCAGCACUGUUCAUGAGCCACGUUUUCCCGCGAUUGAAGCCCCUCUGGGUUACCUACACUCUAUGGAUGUGGUGGGCUACCAUGUAUCUUUCCCACCACUACGCAGUCGAUCUGGUCUGUGGUGGCCUACUUGCCACAGUCGCCUUCUACUAUGCCAAGACCCGAUUCCUGCCGCGGGUCCAGGCGGACAAGAUGUUCCGCUGGGACUACGACUACGUUGAGAUCGGUGACUCUUCUCGCGAAGGAGGGUAUGAUCUUGCCAGCUUGGAUGGCGAUUUCAACUUGGAUAGCGACGAGUGGACCGUGGGCUCUUCUUCGUCCGUUUCCUCGGGCUCUCUGAGCCCCGUGGACGAUCAUUACACCUGGGAAAGCGAAACUCUCACCUCGAACCACGACAUCGAGGCUGGACGCUAA